AUGCAGGUCUUCCAGGCUCUCUACACAUCUGAUGAGAAUGUCUUUAUUGGUGCACCUACUGGAAGCGGCAAGACUAUAUGUGCCAAAUUUACUCUACUUUGCCUUUGGAGCAAACGUGAGCAGCCCAGGGUGGUCUGUAUUGAGCCCUACCAGGAGAUGAUUGACCAACAUGUUGCAGAGUGGUAUUGGAAGUUCAGCAGCCUGCAAGGCGGCAAAGAGAUAGUAAGCCUCACAGGAGACACCAGCACUGACCUUCAACUUCUUGAGAAGAGGGAUGUUGUUGUUUGCACCCCAUCCCAGUCCUCAGCACAAAGCCAUCCCCACUCCUCAGCACAUCCAGGCGGCACAUUUCUUGCCCACUUGUUCCACCACAGCCCCUCUGAUACCCAUGAUACAUCACCAUCUUCUCCACUCAACUGGGCUCAAAACCUUUUGAGACUGCACAGACAAAGUAGUAAAGGCACUGAGUUGCAAGGGCGCAGCCCCACAGUUAUUGAGGUCCCAUAUGUGCAGGGCAAAUGUAGAAAUGCUUGUGCAAGGGAUAAAUGGAAAAGACUAUUAUUACCCUGGAAGAACCCUACUGCAAGCAGCUCACAGCCUCCAAAGCCCAAUACCAUGCAGCAAUCUGGCACAGCAACUUGGAACCAGCCAUCUUUGCAACCACAGCCAGCUGUCUCCAAUUCAUCUACUACACCUGCUGUUGGUGCUAAUACCACAGCUGCAAGCUCAACACCCUCACACCCUGAUGUAAUACUCAGACAGACUGGACUCUGGACUCGCUUCUGGCUUUUCAUUGGUUGUCUGUCCCCGGAAUACCAGGAUGGUCAUCAUUAG